AUGAACAUUUACAUGUUAUGUAAAGUUCAGUUUCAUGGGCUAAAUAUUCCAUCUAGAUGGCAUCAGAUCAUUCAAAUUUUUGAAGGGUAUAAAUCAACUAUUAUCUGCAGAGUUAUUAAAUGGAUGAGACCUGCAUCUGGAAUCUACAAGUGUAAUACUGAUGGAGCUGCUAAAGGAAAUCCAGGGCCAAGUUCUGCUGCAUUUUGUAUCAGAAAUAAAGAUGGUGAUCUGGUGUAUGCAGCUGCUAAAACUUUGAUUGAUGGAUCAAAUAUAGUUCUUGGCCGAGGCUAUCGAAUGGAGACUGAUUCCAUGACCAUGAAGAUGAUUAUCAAUGCUGAAUGGAGGAUCCCUUGGAGCAUUUCAAUGUUGGUGGGUGAUAUCAAAAGGCUGAUGGCAGAUCAAAGAGUGACUGUGGAGCAUAUACACAGAGAAGGAAAUGGACUUACAGACUUUUUAACUAACUUUGUUUUUGAUUUUGCAGGUGCAGUUCAGUUUCAUAAUUUUCAGGAAUUUCCAAGUGAUGCUAAGAAGAUUCUGAAUUUGGAAAAAUUAGGAAUUCCUAACUUGAGAGUAAGAGCUCUACAAGACAAAGCACCAGAUUAA